AUGGCUGAUGUCAAACCAGGUGUACCCUUGGUUCCAUUUGCUUCCAAACCAGAAGACAAAGGUGUUAAGCCUAUAGAACCAAUUUCAAAGCCAGACGACAAACCAAAAUCUCCACUUGACGUAACGAAGCCUAUUCCACAAACGUACUCUUCUGAUGAAUCUGAUGACGAGGUCGGCACACCUAAAAUGACUGAUGUCAAACCAGGUGUAUCCUUGGUUCCAUUGGCUGCCAAACCAGAAGACAAAGGUGUUAAGCCUAUAGAAGCAAUUUCAAAACCAGACGACAAAACAAAAUCUCCACUUGACGUAACGAAACCCAUUCCACAAAUGUACUUUUCUGAUGAAUCUGACGAAGAAUUUGACCAACCUAAAAUGGCUGAUGUCAAGUCAGGUGUACCCUUAGUUCCAUUGGCUGCCAAACCAGAAGACAAAGGUGGUAAGGAUGUAGAACCGAUUUUGAAACCAGACGACAAACCCAAAUCUCCACUAGACGUAACGAAGCCUAUUCCACAAUCGUACUCUUAUGAUGAAUCUGAUGAAGAUUUCGACAAACCUAAAAUGACUGAUGUCAAAUCAGGUGUACCCUUGGUUCCAUUGGCUGCCAAACAUGAAGACAAUUUUGUUAAGCCUAUAGAACCGAUUUCAAAACCAGACGACAAACCAAAAUCUCCACUUGACGUAACGAAUCCUAUUCCACAAACGUACUCUUCUGAUGAAUCUAAUGAAGAGAUCGACAAACCUAAAAUGGCUGAUGUUAAACCAGGUGUACACUUGGUUCCAUUUGCUGCCAAACCAGAAGACAAAGGUGUUAAGCCUAUAGAACCAAUUUCAAAACCACACGACAAACCAAAAUCUCCACUUGACGCAACGAAGCCUAUUCCACAAACGUACUCUUCUGAUGAAUCUGACGAAGAGUUCGACAAACCUAAAAUGGCUGAUGUCAAGCCAGUUGUACCCUUGGUUCCAUUUGCUGCCAAACCAGAAAACAAAGGUGUUAAGCCUAUAGAACCAAUUUCAAAACCAGACGACAAACCCAAAUCUCCACUAGACGUAACGAAGCCUAUUCCACAAUCGUACUCUUCUGAUGUAUCUGAUGAAGAUUUCGACAAACCUAAAAUGGCUGAUGUCAAAUCCCGUGUACCCUUCGUUGCAUUGCCUGCCAAACCAGAAGACAAAGGUGUUAAGCCUAUAGAGCCAAUUUCAAAACCAGAGGACAAACCCAAAUCUCCACUUGACGCAACGAAGCCUAUUCCACGAACGUACUCUUCUGAUGAAUCUGAUGAAGAGUUCGACACACCUAAAAUGACUGAUGUCAAACCAGGUGUACCCUUGGUUCCAUUGGCUGACAAACCAGAAGACAAAGGUGUUAAGCCUAUAGAACCAAUUUCAAAACCAGACGACAAAACAAAAUCUCCACUUGACGUAACGAAACCCAUUCCACAAAUGUACUUUUCUGAUAUAUCUGACGAAGAAUUCGACCAACCUAAAAUAGCUGAUGUCAAGCCAGGUGUACCCUUGGUUGCAUUGGCUGCCAAACCAGAAGACAAAUGUGGUAAGGAUGUAGAACCGAUUUUGAAACCAGACGACAAACCCAAAUCUCCACUAGACGUAACGAAGCCUAUUCCACAAUCGUACUCUUCUGAUGAAUCUGAUGAAGAUUUCGACAAACCUAAAAUGGCUGAUGUCAAAUCAGGUGUACCCUUGGUUCCAUUGGCUGCCAAACCAGAAGACAAAGGUGUUAAGCCUAUAGAACCAAUUUCAAAAUCAGACGACAAACGAAAAUCUCCACUUGACGUACCGAAGCCUAUUCCACAAACGUACUCUUCUGAUGAAUCUGAUGAAGAGUUCGACAAACCUAAAAUGGCUGAUGUCAAACCAGGUGUGCCCUUGGUUCCGUUGGCUGCCAAACCAGAAGACAAAGGUGUUAAGCCUAUAGAACCAAUUUCAAAACCAGACGACAAACCAAAAUCUCCACUUGACGUAACGAAGCCUAUUCCACAAACGUACUCUUCUGAUGAAGAGUUCGACAUACCUAAAAUUGCUGAUGUCAAAUCAAGUGUACCCUUCGUUGCAUUGCCUGGCAAACCAGAAGACAAAGAUGUUAAGCCUAUAGAGCCAAUUUCAAAACCAGAGGACAAACCCAAAUCUCCACUUGACGCAACGAAGCCUAUUCCACAAACGUACUCUUCUGAUGAAUCUGAUGAAGAGUUCGACACACCUAAAAUGACUGAUGUCAAACCAGGUGUACCCUUGGUUCCAUUGGCUGCCAAACCUGAAGACAAAGGUGUUAAGCCUAUAGAACCAAUUUCAAAACCAGACGACAAAACAAAAUCUCCACUUGACGUAACGAAACCCAUUCCACAAAUGUACUUUUCUGAUAAAUCUGACGAAGAAUUCGACCAACCUAAAAUGGCUGAUGUCAAGCCAGAUGUACCCUUGGUUCCAUUGGCUGCCAAACCAGAAGACAAAGGUGGUAAGGAUGUAGAACCGAUUUUGAAACCAGACGACAAACCCAAAUCUCCACUAGACGUAACGAAGCCUAUUCCACAAUCGUACUCUUCUGAUGAAUCUGAUGAAGAUUUCGACAAACCAAAAAUGGCUGAUGUCAUAGCAGGUGUACCCUUGGUUCCAUUGGCAGCCAAACUAGAAGACAAAUUUGUUAAGCUUAUAGAACCGAUUUUGAAACCAGACGACAAACCAAAAUCUCCACUUGACCUAAAGAAGCCUAUUCGACAAACGUACUCUUCUGAUGAAUCUGAUGAAGAGUUCGGCAAACCUAAAAUGGCUGAUGUCGAACUAGGUGUACCCUUGGUUCCAUUUGCUGCCAAACCAGAAGACAAAGGUGUUAAGCCUAUAGAACCAAUUUCAAAACCAUACGACAAACCAAAAUCUGCACUUGACGCAACGAAGCCUAUUCCACAAACGUACUUUUCUGAUGAAUCUGAUGAAGAGUUCGACACACCUAAAAUGACUGAUGUCAAACCAGGUGUACCCUUGGUUCCAUUGGCUGCCAAACCAGAAGACAAAGGUGUUAAGCCUAUAGAACCAAUUUCAAAACCAGACGACAAAACAAAAUCUCCACUUGACGUAACGAAGCCUGUACCACAAACGUACUUUUCUGAUGAAUCUUACGAAGAAUUCGAUAUACCUAAAAUAGCAGAUGUCAAACCAGGUGUACCCUUGAUUCCAUUGGAUGCCAAAUCAGAAGACGAAGGUGUUAAGCUAAUAGAACCAAUUUCAAAACCAGAGGACAAACCCAAAUCUCCACUUGACGUAACGAAGGCUAUUCCACAAACGUACUUUUCUGAUGAAUCUGACGAAGAAUUCGAAAUACCUAAAAUAGCAGAUGUCAAACCAGGUGCGCCCUUGGUUCCAUUGGCUCCCAAACCAGAAGACAAAGGUGUUAAGCCUAUAGAAUCAAUUUCAAAACCAGAGGACAAACCAAAAUCUCCACUUGACGUAACGAAGCCUAUUCCACAAACAUACUAUUCUGAUGAAUGUGACGAAGAAUUCAACAAACCUAAAAUGGCUGAUGUCAAACCAGGUGUACCCUUGGUUCCAUUGGCUGCCAAACCAGAAGACAAAGGUGUUAAGCCUAUAGGACUGAUUUCAAAACCAGACGACAAACCCAAAUCUCCACUUGACGUAACGAAGCCUAUUCCACAAACGUACUCUUCUGAUGAAUCUGACGAAGAAUUCGACCAACCUAUAAUGGCUGAUGUAAAAGCAGGUGUGCCCCUGAUCCCAUUGAUGUCUUUUGGCUGUGUAUUCCUCAACCAGCAGCCAGUUAUAUCACUCUCACCUCCGGGCAUUGAAAAUAGGUGA